AUGGCUCCCCGCGAGGAGCUGAUUACGUCUGCUGUGACUUUUCUCCAAGACCCAUCUGUGGCAUCAUCGCCUAUUGAAAAACGAGUUGCAUUUUUACAAUCCAAAAACUUGACACAAGAGGAAGUCGACCUCGCCCUGUCGCGUGUCGGCGAGGACCCGGCCGCGGCUGCAGCUGCAGCGGCUACCGGUGCUGCACCAGCGUCGCAAAGUUACCCUUCACAACAGGUCGCUUAUCGGCCGCCACCACAAUCACCUCAAGGAUAUGGCUAUCCUCCAUAUGGUCAAUGGCAGCCGCCCCCAGAGCCCCCUAAGCGAGACUGGAGAGACUUGUUCAUCAUGGCGACUGUAAUGGGUGGAGUUGGAUAUGGAUUGUAUUUCGUUGGCAAGCGAUACAUUGCUCCGCUCAUUGCUCCUCCUACCCCUCCUCAGCUGGAGCAAGAUAAAGAGAAUAUUGACGAGCAGUUCUCGCGCGCAUUUGGAUUGAUUGACCAGCUUUCGACCGAUACCGCAGCCCUUAAGGCUGCCGAAGACGCUCGCACCGAGCGUCUGGAUGCAGCUCUCAAGGAUGUGGAAAACCUCGUUUCAGACCUGAAGACAUCUUCGCGCCGGAGAGAUGACGAGACACGCCGGAUUAGCGAUGAAGUGAAGUCGUUGAAGGAUGCGAUUCCCAAGGCCCUUGAAGGCGCCCGGGAAGGCAAUGAGAACCGAUUGAAGGAGCUUGGAACCGAGCUGAAGAGCUUAAAGGUCUUGUUGGGCAACCGCCUGGGUGGCGGUGGAGCUGCUCCCGCUGCUGGACGGACUGUUGGCAGCUCGACCCCAAUCCCUAGCCCUAGCCCAACCCCGACUCCUGCGCCCGCACCUCGGCCGGCUACAGAGGACGCCCCUGCUAGUACUCCGUCGCUGAAUGCCCUGCAACCCACUGUGACUCCGGCCGAACAGGAGCCUACUCCUGCCCCUGCUGCUCCGGCUGCCGCUCCGGCUCCUCAAAACUCAGACAGCCCUCUCUCAAAGCUAGGCCGAUCCGCCUCCAUUCCGGCCUGGCAGAUGGCGGCUUCUAACCGCUCCAAGAGCUCCUCUCAGUCGAGCCCAGCACCUGCCAGUGACAAGCCGGCUGACUCGGUCAAUGAUCAGACUGCCCCCCCCUAG